AUGCGCGCCCUGCGGUGGCUGACCGGCGAGGCGUCCGUCCUGCCGGCCAUCAAGGACGCCGGCGCCAUCAAUCAGCUGGUGCCGUUUUUGUCGCGGGAGAGGGAGGCGGCGGCGGGGCCGGAGGCGCAGCUGGAGGCUCUGCACGCGCUGUACAACAUAUGCAAAUUCAAUAAGCGUGUGCACCUAGAGGUCGCCGCCACCGCGGGCAUAGUGCAGCACCUGUGCCGCUUCGCCCUGGAGUCCUCCCCGGCCCUCUCUCAGCAGCAGCAGCAGCAGCAGCAGCAGCCUGCGGUGCUCGACCCUUUGACCGGCGCCGCCGCAGCAGAGGCGCGGCGCGCGGCGGUGCGGGGGUUUGUGGUGCCCAUGCUCAUCGGCAUGGCCAGCACCAGCAGCAGCACGCGCGCCAAGCUGUGGGCGUGCAGCGGCCUGGACAUCUUCCUGCAGCUGCUGGGGGAGGAGGACUCCCAGAUGCAGGUUGGGCUGCUGCGCGCCCUGGACACCUGGCUGCUGGAGGACCACGCACGCGUGGAGCACCGCCUGGUGGCCCCCCAGGCCGUGGGGCAGCUGGUGGAGCUGUUUGCGACCGCGUGCCGCCAGCGGGACAUGGCCACGAUGCCGCAGAUGCUGGACAGCCUGAAGCUGAUGCUGAGCAGGUCGUCCAAGCUGUCCGUGGCAAUGGCCACCGGCGGGCUGGUGCCCCCGCUGCUCGAGCCCCUCGCGUCUCCGCCGGGCGGCGGCGCCCCCAUCCUGCGCGCGCGGCUGCUGGAGAUACUGCGCGUGCUGUACGAGCACCACCCGCGGCCGAAGGAGUUCAUAAUGAAAUUCAGAAUACAGGACGUGCUGCGGCGGCUGCUGGAGAGCGAAGGGCGCGGGGAGGACGCGGUCAAGCUGGAGGCCCAGAAGCUGCUCAACGCCUUCCACAUAAACGUGCUGCUCUGA